AUUAUCAAUCAACCAUAGCCAACUUCGUUUCACUGGACGGAGCUUAAUCCAGUAUUGAAUUGAUUUGGAUUUUUGGUGUAAUGUCACACGUUUUUCAUUCGAAAACUGUCGUCUGAAUCAUUGAGUAAUUUUCAACACACUGAAACGACAUACGUAUUACCAGUAACUCAAAAUGUCGGAUUCGGAGGGCAGUAACUUCUCAGACAACGAUAGCGAUGCUGGAGGCCGUGGUGGAGGAAGCGAAAGUGAACCUGAGGAUAAUCGAUCUGUAAAGUCUGCUGGCGGUAGCGAUGUGGGAAGCGGUGGUAAUAGAUCACGAAGCGGCUCCAGGAGUAGAUCCAGAUCACCCUCCAGAAGUCAUUCUAGGUCUAGAUCACGAUCUCACUCUGGAUCUGGCUCGGAUGAUGGAGGCAGAGGUAGAGCAGAUGAGGCUGAGGAAGCCCAUUCCGGCGAAGAAGAUGUUGAGCCUGAAGAUGAACCGGAAGGAGAAGACUUGGAUGGUAGCAGUGAAUAUGAUGAGGAAGAGGACGAAGAUGAUGACAGGCCAAGUAGGAAAAAGAAGAAAAAAGACAGAUUUGGUGGUUUUAUCAUUGAUGAAGCGGAGGUUGACGAUGAAGUUGAAGAUGAUGAGGAGUGGGAAGAUGGAGCUCAAGAGAUAGGAAUAGUUGGGAAUGAAGUUGAUGAAUUGGGGCCUACAGCUCGAGAAAUUGAAGGACGACGUCGAGGCACCAAUCUCUGGGACUCACAGAAAGAAGAUGAAAUCGAAGAAUACCUCAGAAAAAAGUAUGCCGAUGAGUCUGUUGUCGCACGACAUUUUGGAGAUGGAGGUGAAGAAAUGAGCGAUGAAAUUACUCAACAAACUUUACUCCCUGGCGUAAAAGAUCCAAAUCUGUGGAUGGUAAAGUGCCGUAUCGGUGAAGAAAAAUCCACGGUUCUUCUAUUAAUGCGAAAAUUUAUCACCUUUCAGUUCACCGGGGAACCACUGCAGAUAAAAUCUGUCGUUGCUCCCGAGGGUGUAAAGGGUUACAUUUACAUCGAAGCCUAUAAACAACCUCACGUAAAAGCUGUGAUUGAAAACGUUGGUAAUCUCAGAAUGGGUAUUUGGAAACAGCAAAUGGUCCCGAUCAAAGAAAUGACAGACGUCUUACGUGUCGUCAAAGAGCAGACCGGUUUGAAGGCCAAACAAUGGGUUCGGUUAAAGAGAGGAAUAUAUAAGGACGACAUUGCACAGGUGGAUUAUGUGGAUCUGGCACAAAAUCAAGUGCAUUUAAAACUCUUACCACGAAUCGACUACACGAGACCCAGAGGAGCUCUCAGAACUGCGCAGAGUGAAUCCGAAGCCCUCAAACGCAAGAAGAAAAGACGACCACCCGCAAAACCCUUUGAUCCAGAAGCUAUACGUGCUAUUGGUGGGGAAGUGACCAGUGACGGAGAUUUCCUAAUCUUCGAAGGAAACCGAUACAGCCGUAAAGGAUUUCUCUACAAAAAUUUUACAACCAGUGCUAUAAUUGCUGAGGGUGUUAAGCCGACGCUCUCAGAGUUGGAAAGAUUUGAAGAAGCCCCCGAGGGAAUCGAUAUAGAAUUGAGCGGUACUCCUACAACUGGUGUUUCUGCUGGAAAAAAAGACCAAGCAGUUACGCAUUCCUUCAGCAACGGUGACAACGUUGAAGUCAGCGAAGGAGAGUUGAUGAAUUUGCAAGGAAAAAUUGUCUCCAUCGAUGGGAACAUGAUAAUGGUCAUGCCGAUACACGACGAACUCAAAGAAGCUUUAGAGUUUCAGGCUAACGAACUUCGAAAAUACUUUAGAAUGGGAGAUCAUGCAAAAGUAGUAGCUGGAAGAUACGAGGGUGAUACUGGAUUAAUUGUUCGUGUUGAGCAAAAUCGCGUGGUUCUUUUUUCGGAUCUAUCGAUGCACGAACUAGAAGUUCUCCCGAGGGACUUACAGUUGUGUUCCGAUAUGGCGACCGGCGUAGACAGCCUGGGUCAAUUCCAGUGGGGAGAUUUAGUACAACUUGACGUACAAACUGUUGGUGUGAUUGUUCGGUUGGAGCGUGAAAAUUUCCACGUACUAUCGAUGCACGGCAAAGUCGUCGAGGCCAGACUGCAAGGGUUAACAAAACGUCGUGAGAACAGAAACGCCGUCGCUUUGGACUCCCAGCAAAAUACGAUUCAGAAAAAGGAUAUCGUCCAGGUCAUCGACGGACCACACGCUGGCAGAGGUGGUGAAAUUAAACACCUUUACAGAAGCUUCGCGUUUUUACACUCUAGAAUGUACCUCGACAAUGGAGGUAUAUUCGUCUGCAAAACUAGGCACUUACAGUUAGCCGGAGGUAGCAAAUCAGGCAUGGGACCUGCUAUGUCCCUGUCAUCUGGAUUCAUGUCGCCCAGAAUUGCGUCUCCGAUGCACCCAAGUGGAGGUGGAUUUGGAGGCAGAGGUGGCGGUGGCGGAGGCCGAGGUAGAGGUCGAGGUGGCGGAGCUAGACGUGACAGGGAGCUCAUAGGAACUACGAUAAAAAUAACGGGUGGUCCCUACAAAGGAAACGUCGGCAUAGUCAAAGAUGCCACAGAAAAUACGGCCCGCGUCGAACUACACUCCACAUGCCAAACUAUUUCUGUUGACCGAUCUCACAUCGCCAAUGUCGGCGUGCCGAACAAGGACGGUGGAUUCAGCAGCUACAAUCGUAACACUCCUGCCUACACCGCUGGUGGUCAAACACCAAUGUACGCCAGAGACGGGUCAAAAACGCCUAUGCAUGGCUCUCAGACUCCCAUGUACGAAAAUGGGUCACGAACACCUCAUUAUGGUUCCAUGACGCCUUCGCACGAUGGCUCUCGUACACCGGGACAAUCUGGUGCAUGGGAUCCAGCCGUAACUAAUACUCCAGCGAGAAACAAUGACUUUGACGGAUACAGUAUGGAAGAAGGAGGUUCUCCGGGUUAUGCUCCUGGAUAUCCUUCGACGGGUGGACCCUUUACGCCGCAGACACCCGGGACUAUGUACGGAUCGGAGCAAAGUUACAGUCCUUAUCAACCUAGUCCAAGCCCUGCCGCUAGCGCUAGCGCUAGUCCGAGUCCUGCUGGUUACGUUGCUACUCCGUCUCCGUCCGGAACGGGUUAUACGACAAGUCCACACGGUGCCUUUGCUUCGCCAUCUCCGAUGGGUUACAGUCCCAUGACACCUGGUGUAGCUGGUAGUCCCUACAACCCGCAAACACCAGGCGCAGGUCUUGACGCUGGUUCGGGAAGUGGCAUGAUUAUGGGUUCCGAAUGGCAUACGACUGAUAUAGAAGUCCGAAUACGUGACUCGCAUCAGGACCCAGCGCUCGCUGGACAACAAGGAGUAAUUCGUGGGAUUUCAGGUGGUAUGUGCGCGGUAUUUUUACCAGCUGAAGAUAGGGUGGUCAAUCUUUUAUGCGAACAACUGGAGCCCGUUGUUCCCUCGCAAGGUGAUCAAGUAAAGGUUGUUGUUGGAGAGGACAGAGAGGCCGUGGGAAUUCUUCUUUCAAUCGAUAAUCAAGAAGGUGUCGUGAAGCUGAGUACAGACGCAGUGAAAAUGUUACACUUGCGGUUUCUUUGUAAAAUGAAGGCUCCGACUACUUAAUAAGUUUAGUAUUUUGUUACACAUAACUACCUAUAUUUUCAAACCAUGUAGUAACUUUAAUAAAAGCGCGACCGGACGCAGCAGACUUGGUGAAGCAGGAAUAAUAAAAUUGUGUCCAAGUUGAA